AUUUUAAGUAUCUAUCUUAGGAAUUUUAAAAGUUGGGUCAGCAAUAUUUUGACUUGAGCAAGUUACUCUUACUCGAAAUGGCGUAUAAACCGAUUGUCAUUUUGAGUGUCUGUAUUCAAAUAGUCAAUGGAAUAACGUCUGCCGACAUCAUAGCCUCGCACAACUACCCGGUGGAAAUACACACAGUGGUCACACGAGAUGGAUAUAUACUCACCGCGUUCCGCAUACCGGACUCCAUAUUUUGCGAGCAAUCCGGAGCUAAGCCGGCGGUUCUCUUCCAGCACGGGAUGACCGCCUCGUCGGAUGUUUUUCUCGUUAACGGACCUCGGGAUGGAUUGGUAUUCAUGUUGGCCGAUGCCUGCUUCGAUGUGUGGCUGAGUAACACGCGGGGCAACCGGUACUCACGACGCCACGUGUCUUUGGAUCCCUCCCAAGAGGCCUUCUGGCGCUUCAGCUGGCACGAGAUUGGAACAGAGGACGUGGCCGCAUCCAUGGACUACAUUCUGGCCACUACGAAUCAGAGUGCGUUGCACUACGUGGGUCACUCGCAGGGUUGCACCACGCUGGUGGUGCUCCUCAGCAUGCGGCCGGAGUACAAUCAGUCGGUCAAGACCGCAAUCCUCUUGGGUCCGCCCGUAUUUAUGGGCCACACACGCACGUUGGGACAAAUUGUUCUCAGGGAUUUAAUAAUGUCGAUGCCCGACUGCGAAUUUAUGUUCCACAACCGGAUUCUGAAUAAAAUAAUGAACGGAAUUUGCGAGCCUUACGUUAUGAGGGUAUACUGUUCAACCUUUUUUAUGAUCGUCAACGGAAAAUUUUCAGAUCACUUGAACACAAGUGCAAUUCCACUGAUUGUCGCCACGCUUCCGGCGGGAGUUUCUUCUCGCCAGCCAAAGCACUUCAUCCAGCUCUCGGACAGCGGCAGAUUCAGCUUGUUCGAUUUCGGGAUCCUGAGAAACUUGAUCUACUACAGGAGGCUAACACCUCCCGAUUACCCGCUACAUAACGUCCGCCCCCUGACGCCAGUCCACAUAUUUUACAGCGACGAUGACCUAUCCGCAGCAAAGGAGGACGUUGAAAACUUCGCGGCUAGCUUGCCGGAGGCGGUGAUGCACCGGAUCUCCACACCAUCCUGGCACCACAUGGACUUCGUGCACUCCAUGACCGUCGCUGAAGUGAUCAACAAGCCGGUCAUUGAAAUUUUCAGAAGGUUUGAGCAGCCUACCAGAACUAUAUCCAUAUGAAAAAAGAUGUAUGGAAAGAUGUAUUUUUAAUCAGGCUAAUCCUUGAAAUAAAUUAAGUUUAUGCUGCACAAUAAAAUUUCACUUUAUAAAAGAA